AUGGCGAGACUCAACACAGCAAAAGCUCAAAAGAGCAAUGACUCCAAAAGGAGAUCAGCCCUGACGGAGCGGACAUCUCUUGCGUCGGACGAUAGCCUCACUUCCCAAAAGCGAAUUGCCACCAAGCGAGCCGACGCCAAAGAUAGCACCCCCCGUCGAUCGCAAACCGUGUCGUCCAGAAGACAAAACACUAGUUCCAGCAGUGAAUUCGAUAUUUUCACAGAUAGUGACCGGGUUGGCGAGAGCGGACACAACGACAGUUCACCAACAAAGCGACCCAAGGCGCGAACCCUCAAGACUGCGCAGGUCAAUUCGCUGCUGCUCCCUCUGUCACAGAGACCGCGCCAAAGGCAGUCGGACAAGGUGGAAACAGACGACUAUGACAAGGAGAAUGACCUCACAGAGGAUGAACCCUCACCCGUUCCACGGCGACGAAAUACAGCGCGGACACCAGCAAGGAGUAUCCCGUCCCGUAGACAACAACACCAACCAGAAAGCGAAACAGAAGAAGAGGAUGCUGCCGACACCAGCUCCAACUCGCUAGAUGACUUCGUUGUCAGCGACAACGAUGAAAUCAGCUACCAUGAGACAUCCGACUCUGAGACAGACGAAGAUGAGAGGACGCCAUCGCCGCCACCAUCACCAGCCCCCCAAAGUACACGGAGGAAGCUCAUCCGAGGGAAAAGACCUGAUCCAGACACCGAGCUACGCAAGGCUCUUAGCAAGCCUUCUUCGCUGCGCCUGGAACCCUCUACCCAAGAACCUACCAAAACACCCUCCGAACCUACCACCAAAUCCAGGCGCCUGUUUCACAAGACCUCCGACAUCUCCCCAGAGCUGAACCAGUUGAGCUUGCAUGGGGACAAUGACACUUCCCAAACUGCCAAACCGCAGACACCACCAACCACUCCACCACGAGUCCGCCUGCGUUCGCCAACCAAAGACAGAACCCGCAUCCCGCCAACUCCCCACCGCGAGAGCGUCGAUGCCUUCUGGGACCAAGAGGAAACCAACGAUUGGAUCGACCAGCACUCUCCGCGCAAGGAGAAGUUCUCCGGAUGCUCCGUCAUCGAACUGCUGCAGGAGUUCGAAGAGUCCGACGGCGAAGAUGAACAAGACAACUCCAAAAACUCGAGCAUCAUCAGCAUCGAGCCAGUGACCGACAUGUCGCCUAUCAAGGCUACCAAGACGCCCAGCAAGACCGCAUUGAAGAAAGCAGAAGCAGAGCGGAAACGAGAGCUGCGCGCACGCCGGAUGUCAUUUGAUACGAAGAAAGGUAGGCUGGCGGAGGACUUCCUCUGCGUGCUGGACGAUGCGGCUGCCGAUGGCGGAGUCCGUCGACUGGCCGAGUCGACUGGCGGGGUGAAGAUCGUCUGGAGCAAAACCCUCAAGACAACCGCUGGCCGCGCGCACUGGAGAGGCGAGCGUAUGCGGCCCUCCUCGUCCUCGUCUUCAGAGUCCGAUGGCCCACGAUACAGACAUCACGCCAUGAUCGAGCUGGCCGAGCGGAUCAUCGACAAUGAGGACCGACUGCUCAACACUCUCGCGCACGAGUACUGCCAUCUGGCCAACUACAUGAUCUCGAAUGUGCACAAGAACCCGCACGGCCCGAGCUUCAAGCAAUGGGGCCGCAAGUGCUCGGAUGUCAUGUCGGAUCACCCUGUUUAUGGGGGUAGGAUCACCGUCACGACGAAGCACAACUACAAGAUUGAUUGGAAGUAUGUCUGGGCUUGUGAGGGCUGUACAGUUACCUAUGGUCGACACUCGAAGAGUAUCGAUACCACUCGCUCGCGCUGCGGUGCCUGUGCUGGUCACUUGGUGCAGAUUAAGCCGAAGCCGAGGAAUAUGUCGCCGCGGAAGAAUACUGGUUCUGCCUCUCCGCAGAAGAAGGCUAUGGACGAUGUGACUAGGGAGCUGGGACAGGUGACUUUGUAG